AUGCAGACACCAGCAGAGUCCAUCAUCCACAGUGGCUAUUUCCACCCAACGCUCCGAUACUGGCAGACCUGUGCUGCUGAUAUAAGACCUGACAACCUCAUCUACCCCAUCUUCGUCACAGACAGUGCAGAUGCAGUGGAGCCCAUUGGCAGCCUGCCGGGACUGGCCAGAUAUGGGGUGAACAAGCUGGAGGGAAUGCUGCGGCCUCUCGUGGAGAACGGCUUGAAAUGUGUGCUGAUAUUUGGUGUCCCUGCAAACAUAGAAAAGGACGAGAGAGGCUCAGGCGCGGACACGGACGACACGCCGGCGGUCCUGGCGGUGAAGAAGAUCCGCUCUUUGUUCCCCGAGCUGCUGGUGGCGUGUGACGUCUGCUUGUGUCCUUACACAUCACACGGACACUGCGGUAUCCUGAACGAUGACGGUACUCUGAACAAUGACGCCAGCGCUCUGCGUCUGGGGGAAGUGUCGCUGGCGUACGCUCAAGCUGGCUGUCACAUCAUCGCUCCCUCUGAUAUGAUGGAUGGAAGAGUCAGAGCCAUUAAACAAGCCCUGAUAUCCAACGGGCUGGGAAACAAGGUUUCAGUGCUGAGCUACAGUGCAAAGUUUGCCUCCUGUUAUUAUGGUCCCUUCAGAGACGCUGCUCAGUCCAAACCUGCCUUUGGAGACAGACGCUGCUACCAGCUGCCUCCUGGAGCCAGAGGCCUCGCACUGAGAGCUGUGGAGCGAGACGUGAAAGAAGGAGCUGAUAUGCUGAUGGUGAAGCCGGGUCUGCCUUAUCUGGACAUCGUGAGAGAAGUCAAGGACAAGUUCCCCAAUCACCCGCUGGCAGUCUACAACGUGUCGGGGGAGUUUGCCAUGAUGUGGCACGGAGCGCAGGCCGGAGCCUUCGACCUGCGGGCCGCCGUGAUGGAGGCCAUGACUGCUUUCCGCAGGGCAGGUGCUGACAUCAUCAUCACCUAUUUCACACCUCAGCUGCUCAGCUGGCUGAAGGAGUGAAAAUGAAGAUCUGAGAGCAAAUACGGGAUGGACCUAGAGACCGACCAACACACAGACUCCUUUUAUAAAUAUCAAAAUGAUAACUCAAUCAAGCACAGAGCUAAGCAAAAUCAAAUGGAUGAAAUGUAUGAGAACAUGUUAGGCCUUUUUGUCUUUUCUGUUUAGCUUUGAUAUUUAAAUAUCAGUAUGCACAUGUUCACCUGUGUGACUUGUGUCUUUCAUAAAGCUUUUAAAGGGCUGAACACUGAGAAUGUAAAAGCUGUGUUUCCUAGCAGGACCUGUCUCCUGUGUGUGAGUGUGAUCAGCAUUCAAUCAAGUAAGUCAUUUCUUAACUAAUGUGAUUAUGGAGGUACUUGUAUGACUCGUGAGCAAUAAUCUGAUAUGUUCCUGCUGCCUCAGUUUAAGCACUCCCCUAACGAGGGAAUAAAAUCAUUCAGAGCUA